GCAGUGAUUUAAGCACAUGUCAGGCUGAGUCCAUCCUUGGUGACAUUAUGGCGAGCGUUGAUGUGCUGGCAAAAAGGUUUUACUCAUUUGGCAAAAUGUACAGUCAUGAUUUACGUGAGCAAAGUUUUGUAGACUGGCCAUUUAGAGAGGACUGCAACUGCACGCCUGAAAAGAUGGCCAAAGCUGGGUUUGUCCACUGCCCCAGUGAGAAUGAGCCAGAUGUUGCCUGCUGCUUCUUCUGUCUGCUCGAGCUCGAGGGCUGGGAACCAGAUGAUGAUCCCUGGUCAGAACAUGAGAGACGCUCUAAAUGUGACUUCUUAACCAUGAAGAAAGACUUCACCAAGCUAACAAUGGCUGAAUUCUGUCACCUGGAAAACAAAAGGCUAAAGAUUUACUACAAAAAGGUCUGGCACAAGAAGAUGGCUUUUUUGAGGGAUGCCAUAGACCAUACAGUUGCGGAGCUUAAAUCUAAGCUGGACUGAUUCUAUGCAUUUAUUCAUUGCAUCUUAUUUUAUUUCAAUACCAGUCUUAAGUGUU